CGCCUGGCACCACCCACGUCCGCGGUUCCCCCAACCUCCCGUAACGCCCACCACCGCUUUUUGAUAUCCACUCGCUCACCGAAUAAACCACUCAUUCGUCCGUCGGCACUCCUUUAAACGCACACAAAACCUCGUCGAAGCCGCGUGAGCGAGUCCGCUUCGCCCGACGAAGGAGCGUUGCGAUUUCUGCUGCGAACAACAGCAGACGACACUAGCCAGCCUGGACCCAAGCAAGCCCUCCGCCGACCGAUUUGGUCGCCUGCUACGGUCCGCAAAGGCGCGAUUCCGCUCGCACCUGCGACCCAACAAGAAGAACGACGAGACGAAAGCCGCCCCACAAAAAAAGGAAUUUGUCAACUUCUCGAGACCGAAUGCAAUGGCGUCGUCUCGUCCUCCACAGUCACCUGCCAUCGGCUCCGGCGCCCACAAGUUGAAUCACACCUCCUCGGCCGCUAGCUUCAGCCGAUUUGUUGAGGGUUCCAUGAACGACCGUGUUUCCGCUGCCCCGCCGCCGUCAUACCUGGAGGACAUGGACGUGGAGGAAUACGAGCGACAGUUUGUUGGCACGCCGGCUACCGAACAUGCUCCAACCAUGGAGCGACACCAUACCCGUCAGACUACAACGACUGCUUAUGAGCCAUCCGCACCUCCACAAGAAAACGAGCAGGAAGAACAGCAGCCGCCGGCGCAGCCGCCGAUGGGUCACAGUCACAGUCGCAGCAAGAGCAAGUUCCUCCUCACGCCGCUGUGGGAUGGCGUCCGCGAAAAGUUCAGCCUGAGUCGUAGCAAGUCUUGGGGAGCCAUGGUGAGCGGUAAAGACGCUAUGGGACGGCCCUCUCUGAACACCCAAGCAGACAGCCGAUCAUCGAUACACCGUGGUCGAGGCUCAAUCAUGACGGCGCCUUGCACUCCAUCUGGUGAGACACCACCUCCUGUACCGCCUGUGCCUGUUUUUAGAGGAGCAGCCGCAGCGCUGGCGACGCGCGAUCAAGAGGCGGCCAAGGAAGCAGCCAAAAAGUUCUCAGCCGCCGAUUACCCCACUAAGGAAGAGGUGAUGGAGAGUUACAAGAACUUGGUGGCAUCGGGAUUCUUUGAACAGCACGCUAUUCACGGCACCAGACAUCCCCUCCGAGCCGCUCAAAGCGCGGGCACCGUAUUGAGUAACAGUCCAAUCCGACAUGAUAGUGUUAAUGGUAGGGCUCGCGCCGCCACGACUGCUUUCUCGUCCAGUCGUCCCUCGCCAGUACCCAGCCGCUCAGAGUCGCCAGCUGAGGACCUGAAGCCCUUUGCCGAACAUCUGGCACAGAACAAUGAUGAAAAGAAGUUGCAUGCUAUUUUCACCAGCUUCCAUCGCAAGACAGCGUCAGUACCCGUUAACAACUCGAUGGCCCCACCUCCUCUUCCCUCGCCUUCUAGGGAAGAGCCAACACGUACAAUUGGUUCUGCCUUUGUGAACGACUAUCUUCCUCCACAAACUGAUCCGGUGACUGCCCCAGACUCGCCUUCCCGCGGAACGAAGCGCGGUACUGAUCCCCAUGGCAACAACAUUGAGACCAACGUCGACUACGGCUCAAUCCGCAAGCUGGCCAAGAAGUUGAGGAAAUCACAGUCGAAAAUCGAAUUUGAUGAGCGACCGUCCUCGCCAACCAAGUCCCGUACGUCCACUUCAAGCUUUCGAUCCGCCGCCGCGUCCGUCAUGUCGGCUCCAGUCGCCAUCAAGAACAAGACUUUUAUCUUUGGCUCCAAGGAUAAGGGAAAGGCCAGGGAGAGCAUGGAGAGUAGGCCAGCCACGAGCGCUGGGUUGAAGGGUGACUUUUUGUCAGAAGAAGGCACUGCUUCUUUCUUCUCUCCUCUUCGCCAGGCCACCGGCUUGGACGACGCGAUAUCUGUUGCCACUCCGGUCCGCCCUGGCCAGGCAAGGAUAACCAAGGUACCCAAAAGCCCGUCUUCCUUAUCUUUGAGAAAAGGGUUUCUCGGCUUUGUUCGCAGGCGUAAUAGUGUCAGUCACAAGCCCCAAAGGGGCGUGGAAGAGCAGUCGACAAGGUGCCAUCGUCCGAGCGCGAGUGAAGCGAUGCCAGUGACGACAAAUACCUACGUACAUGCCAAUGGUUAUCGGAGAGAGGAGGAGGACAGCAUGGACCUUGGAAGGGACAGGGACGAGGAUGAUGCUAUGAUCAUAGACUCUCCUGAACCCGAGUACCAACUGGCAGCAUCAUCGAAUCACCCGGGAACUCCCCAACGACCAUCAACCAGUACCUCGACAACAACACCCGUCAGCAUACCCAGAUUUCACUACCCGAAGCCGACACAGCAACCUCAAAGCGUAUCACCACUAAAGACUAGGCCACAGCCCAACCGUGCGCCACCACCAGUACCUGGAUAUGGCCUCGGUGACGAACUGGUGGCUAAGGAGAGAAACUCAGGCGACAACGGAAGUGUAAGUGGGAUUGUCAGCCAUCGCGAUUCGGGCGUGGGCGGAGCAGGAGAGGAUGUUGAAAAUAUUCACAGGGUAUGGUGAUUGAGGAUGGUGCGAGACGGAUGACCAACGAAAACGACUCCACCGAGCCGUGAGCCAAGCGCAACACAAGGUUGAAUAAUCAAUGAUCGAAGGACUUUGGUGUGAUGUGGCAAGUGAGUACUAUACUUGUGACAGUGGGCGGGACAGGAAGAGAAACGAAAUCCAACUCGGAUGAGGAGAGAAAUGGAAGACUUUCUCUUUCCUUCCGAGUUGAAGGAUUCCGUCGUGUCCCUUCCCUGAUCCACUACACACUGCACUCACUGCCCGCACCGACCUAUCGUAUCGCUCCUUCCAGCAUUGGGAACACUCGCACCCCCACAGCCUCCCACCGCAAUCCUUCCUUCCUCCUUCCUUCCUUCUUUCACGACAAAACAUCUUGCCAACCGCCGAUCAUCGGACCAUACCAUAAUAACGUCCAUCGUCUUCGUCAGCGAUUACGAUACGGUCCUCUUCGAAUUUCUAUUUUUUGCAGCGUCUUUUAGUUCGACUUCGGUACUAGUACAUUAGGCAGUACUACUCGAAGUCUCUUACCGAUUGACCGGCGGUGCGCCCAUGAUGUUUUGUCUUCUUCUCCCUGGCGGGUCUCCUUGCCUGGGGAAAGAGAAAAGAAAGCACUAUGAGUGCUCAAAGGUGGUUAUUGUUGGCAUCAGUAUCUGUGGUGACAUGAGUGGCUAUGGCUUCCCUUGUCACGGAUUCUGUUGUUUCUCUGUUUUUCUUUGUAUUUUCUUCUCUAUUUUUCUUGUCUUGAUGAGAUAUGACGAUGUUAUGACCAUAGUUUCUUUUGUCUUUCGUUUGUCGUUGUCGGUGGUUUGCGUUUCCUAGCCUAGCACUUACUUAAAAGGAGCGAUGGGCGAAGGAAGAUGGGAGGAUGAAUAGGAGAUGUGUCGUUUGGUGGUAUAAACAGUCUGAGGGUGGACAUGGAAGUUGGUAUAAUAAGUGUACGACGGAUGUUUACUACCGCUCGAACUUGAACAGAGCGGAUGAAGGCAUGUCCUCACUAGUUACAGUUAUAUCAUAUCGAUCAUGUCUCUGCUCCCUAUCUCUUGCUUGCUGAACGUGCACAUGG